AGUCUUUUUCCCAUACUCAUUCUGCGUCUCUAUUGCUCUCGUUAUUGUCGUUAGUGUGUGAAGUAAAAAGGAGAGGAGACACAUCUUUUGAGAAUCAUUGGUUAUUCUAUCGGGAGGCUGGUAGACAGGGACACCUCCUAAUAGGUAUCGAGUAUGUUUUCUAUUAUUUUUUCUAGCAACCAGAUCUGGAGCGAUAUCACUGGAAAAGUUGACGAUGGAAAAAGAACACGAAAAUUUCAUUCAAGAACAAAUGCACUGGAAGUAGUGCGUGGUAUUGAUCUAUCUGGUAAAACGUAUGCAAUUACUGGAACAACAUCUGGAGUCGGAACUGAGACAGCUAGAGCCUUUAUCCUGAAAGGCGCCCAUAUUGUUAUGAUUAACAGAAACUAUGCAGCAUCUGAAACAUUGAAACAAUCACUUUUAUGUGAAACCCCAGAUGCCCGAAUUGAUAUUGUUCAGUGUGAUUUGAGUUCACUUGCAUCGGUUAAAAAAACGGCGGAAGAAUAUUUGACGAAGAAAUGGCCUCUCCAUGGACUAAUUUUGAACGCCGGCGUUCUUGGACGAAAAGAAAAAACGACUGCUGAUAGAUUUGAAGCUCAUUUUGGAAUAAAUCAUCUUGCUCAUUUUUUGCUGAUAAAGGAGCUUCUUCCAGUUCUUCGAUCGUCAGCUCCAUCAAGAAUUGUCAUCCUUUCUUCGACGCUUAGCAAGUUCACUUCGAUCAAUCCUGAUUCCAAAAUUGAGGAGAAGCUUGGCACUCUUUGCCCAAAAAACGCAACUGAGUGGUAUUACCGAUUGUAUGCAAAAUCAAAAAUGUGCAACAUGCUAAUUGCGUUUAAAUUGCAUCGAGAUGAAUUUGAAAACGGAAUAAGUGUAUAUUCGGUUCAUCCGGGAUCCGCAGUUCGCACGAAUCUUCAUAGAGAUGUUCCGUUUUGGAGUAUUUUUAAUUUUUUGUCAAUUCCUUUUACAAAGAAUGCGAGCCAGGGAGCAGCAACAAGUCUUUAUUGUGCAGUACAUCCAGAAGUUCAAGAACUGUCUGGAAGGUAUUGGGAAUCUUGUUGGGAUGAUGAGCUGAACUUGGACGAGAAAGUGGCAAGAGAUGAAGAAUUACAAGAAGCGUUGUGGGAAUAUUCUGAAGAACUUGUUGGAAAAUGUUUGAAUUCGUGUUAACUGGAUUUUAAUUUUUAUCAAUUUUUAUCAUAAAAAUGUGAAAAAUUAUAACGUGAAAUUUGUUCAAAUAAAGAUCUGGAAUUUUAUGGAAA